CUGCGAACGAAGACAUCAGUGUUACAAAAUUUUGCAGGUGUUUGUUGUAUUGUUAUUGUUUUGCAAAUAAAUUUCACGAUGUCGAAAGAAUGUAAAUCUGAUUCUUCAACCUCAGAUUCUGAAGUUAGUGCUUGUAGUUCAAAUUAUAAUCCAUUAAAGGCUCUUUACUCUAAUAAAGUAAAGAUACCGGUUGAGUCGGCGCCGUUGUAUGAAAAUAUCGCACAAUUUGAAGCCGCACAGAGCAAAUCAAAUGAAGUAAUUCCCUUUGGGCACAACAAAAUGGUUCAGAAGAGAGAAGAAGAAAAGGAAAAGAAAAGAAUCGAGGAGGAACGAUUAUUAGAAGAAAAGAAUAAACGACGGUUCGCACAAUAUAAAACGGUCAUGGUGCCUACAAAAGAAUACAGAGCGAGAAACCUCCUCACUCGUAUAGAGGCUAUGGAGGGACCUCUUGGCGUUUUAAAGGAUUGCGUCGACAAAAGGCUUAGAGUUAAGAUAAUAACACGCAGCCACACAGGAGUGAGAGGUGUACUUCAUGCGACCCUGGUAGCUUUUGACAAGCAUUGGAACAUGGCGCUUAGUGAUGUCCUAGAAAUUUGGCAGAGAAAGAGAAUCAAACAGCGGAAGAUCCCUCCUGUAAUGGGAAAACCGGUUCCCAAAGGCACGGCGGCAACAAUCUCUACCAUCCCGGUAGUGACAGAAACUCCUAUUGGGAAGGGAAUAUUCGAGUGUACGAGACAUGUACCCCAGAUGAUGAUGCGCGGCGAACACAUAGUACUAAUCAACGUGGUGGAGCGGUGAUCUCUUCAAAAGACUGCUAGCCUGGUAGCUCGAAUAUGUGUUGCGAUUUUGUGCAACCUUUUUGUAGGCUUUUUUUACAUGCUUGCGAAUACUAUUUUAUUAUUUUAAUAGUUUGUUGUACUCAAUAUGCUUACGAUCGUAGAUCGCUGGAAUUUAAGUGAUGGUGCUGUUAUCAAGCUAAAAC